AUGGCAACUAUGAAGAUGUUUAUGAUGUUAGUGGUGGCUGCAAUCAUGUUUUGCAGCCACCACCAAGUGAUCGUGGCUAGAGAAGUCGUUGUGGACGUGGUCGAGGAUGGGAAUAAGUUAAAUUUAUGGCCAUGGGAAAUUCCGUGUUACUUACCAUGGCCAUUUCCCUUUCCGCGACCAUAUCCAUGCCCUCCUCCAAGACCACGACCACGACCACGACCAUGCCCACCACCUCCACCACCACGAUCACCACCACCUCCACCACGAUCACCACCACCUCCACCACCAAGCCCUAGCCCUCCCCCUCCCGCCCCGGCUACAACGUGUUCGCCCGGUGACAAAGCAAGGGUGAAGACUUGCAUGUUCAACACAACUUCAAUUGAUGAGUGUUGUCCAACAUUCCAAAGCAUACUUGGAACUAGUUGCCCUUGUUACAAGUAUGCUGAGGAUUUGGACAAUCAAGUCUUGAUCACUCUUGAAGCUUAUUGUGAUGUUAGCACCCCUUGUAGGAGUCCGCCCCCGAAACCGAGUUGCCCUGCUAGUGAUCAAGAAAAAGUGAAGACUUGCAUGUUCAACACAACUUCAAUUGAUGAAUGUUGCCCUACAUUUAAUAGCAUACUUGGCACUAGUUGCCCUUGUUAUAAGUAUGCUGAGGAUUUAGAUAAUCAAGUCCUAAUCACACUUGAAUCUUAUUGUGAUGUUAAUAAUCCUUGCAAUGGGGCACAAGUGAUUAAGCUAUCCAAGGAUGAUGAAUGA